AUGGUGAAAGUUACAAAGUCUAUAACUUCUCGUCCAAUUUUCGUCUUCUUCCUCAUGGUAUUUCUGGUGAUUGUUUCCGGGACCAUACCGAUCAUGAUUUGGCAUAGAACAACGAAGAACACAACAAUGGACGUCGCUUUGUUCACUCAAGAUCUCCGAUCAAGUUUAGUUUCCCAGAUUGAAAAAAUCGGAAAAUUUACCUAUCCAAAGACAGAUUCACUUACUAUCGGUUUAGCUAGAGUUAUAGAUUCUUAUCUCACCAAGAACACUAGUGAUUUCACAGCGAUUCAAACACAGAUUGCACCGGUCUUGUUUCAAGCUUAUUCGAUGAUCCCUCAAGUCUCACAAGUUUCCUACAUUAGUACGGACGGCCUCUUGUUUUCUUACAUAACAGAAUCAAACACAAAUGUCGCUGUUUUUGCCAAUUCAAGUGAUGGUGGUGGAGACUACACUUGGUACACUCAAACCGUUGAUCAGAUAACCGGUCGUCUCAAAGGGGAUGCAACGAAAUCUCAGCCGUCAGAUGUAACCAACACAGACUGGUUCCAAGCAGCACAGAGAAAUUACACCACCGCCUUUGUGAGAACUGGUUUGGGAGGAGAAGAUAACGAGAAACUGUUUCAGAACGUGGUUAGCUUGUACAGCAAGAAAGGUGUUGUUUUAUUAGGGUUUCCAGUAAAGACGUUAACCGGUGUUUUGAAACGUUUGAAACUAAAAGGCGGAGAGCUUUACAUGUGGACUAAAGACGGGACGUUACUUGUUCGUCAAGGUUCACUAAAUGCUUCUUUCUUCAUCUCUAAUGGCUCGACUUACUUCGGUGAAGAAUCGUUGAAAUCCGGAAAUUGCAGUUCCCGAAGCUGCUUGGUGGAGAUCGAAAGAUCGAAAUUUGAAGUUUUUUGCUCUGUUCUUGAAGUUUCCGGUGUGCCUCUGAGAUACACACUUAUGUUUCCCAACAAAAGAAGACGACCAAGCAUCGAAAACGCAUCGCUAUAUCUCCUUAUUGCGACGAUGUUUUUGGGCUUGUGCUGGCCUCUAGGGUUUGUAGCGUUUAUGGUGCAUACAUCAAGAAGAGAGAUGCAUAUGCGUGCAACGUUGAUUAACCAAAUGGAAGCAACACAACAAGCUGAGAGGAAGAGCAUGAACAAGAGUCAAGCGUUUGCAAGAGCUAGCCAUGAUAUUAGAGGAUCCCUUGCAGGCAUCACCGGUCUAAUUGAUCUAUGCCGUGAAGAAGUUAGACUUGGCUCAGGGCUAGACACUAGUCUUAAGCAAGUCAAUGUAUGCGCCAACGAUCUAGUUGCUUUGCUUAACACUUUAUUGGACACAAGCAAAAUCGAAAGCGGGAAGAUGCAUUUAGAGGAAGAAGAGUUCAACCUUGCCAAGCUUCUUGAAGACGUCGUCGAUUUUUUCCAUCCUGUAGCGAUGAAGAAAGGGGUUGAUGUGGUUUUGGAUACGCUCAAUGGCUCUGUGUUCAAGUUCUCGAAUGUGCGAGGGGAUAGUGGUAAACUCAAGCAGAUACUGAACAAUCUUGUAAGCAAUGCGGUCAAGUUCACAUCCGAAGGGCACAUUUCGGUCCGAGCUUGGGCUCAGAGACCUGGCUCUACGAGCUCUGUGGUCCUGGUAUCGGACACUAAAGGAGGUUUAUCAAAGUUUUCAAAGUGUAUGUUCUGCAAGAACAAAGACCAGUCAUCAAGCUAUGAGAUGGAAAUGUCGAGUUCCAUAAGAAACAACGCGAACACAAUGGAGUUUGUGUUCGAAGUGGACGAUACAGGUAAAGGGAUACCAAUGGAGAUGCGUAAAUCGGUAUUUGAGAACUAUGUUCAGGUAAGAGAAACAGCUCAAGGACAACAAGGAACUGGAUUAGGACUUGGGAUUGUGCAGUCUCUGGUAAGAUUGAUGGGAGGUGAGAUAAGAAUCACAGACAAGGCCAUUGGAGAGAAGGGAACAUGUUUCCAAUUCAAUGUUUUAUUGACAACCUUAGAGUCUCCAGUGAGUGACAUGAGAGUGAGACAGGACAUCGAAGCAGGAUCAGAUCACAUAUCGACGCCAAACCUCGGACUGAUUAUAAGAACUUCACUGGGAGGUAGCAUCAACAUACGGAACAUGAGCCCUAGAUUCAACAACUGGCUAAGCUUGAGUCCAAAGCAAGAAAGGUCUCGAGUGGUUCUUCUUCUGAAAGAUGAAGAACGUAGAAAAGUUACAGAGAAACAUAUAAGGAGCUUGGGAAUCAAAGUCACAGUGGUGAAAAGAUGGGAGCAUUUGAAUCAUGCAUUGGAGAGGCUUUUUGGCUUUUCACCACAGAGUUCAAUGGGAAGAGCAGAGUGUAGUUUGAGAAACGAAUCAUCUAGUUCGAGCUCGAGGGAUUUACCUUUGAUUGGCAAGAAUGGUGUUGAUUCCGAAAGCCAAGUUCCUAAAGCAAGAAGCUACAGUUUCUCCGCAGUUUUCCUUCUGGUGAUUGACGCAAAAACCGGACCAUUUCCUGAGAUGUACGAGAUUGUCGAACAGUUUCGUAGAGGCUUGCACCAUGGCAUAUCCUUUAAAGUUGUUUGGCUUAACGAACCUAGUGGCCGGGGAAGUGAGAGAGGUGACAUUAGUUGUUCGAAACCCUUGCACGGAUCACGUCUUAACCGAGUGCUGAAGAUGUUGCCUGAAUUUGGAGGAACUGAGCCAAAAGAAGCAUCAACACCUUUAGAGGGGGAGGCUUGGGUCAAGUCAAUGUGUACUGGUCAAAAGCUUACUGUGAAACCAGAGGACAAGAAAGGAGCUUCCAAGGGGAGUGACGAUGAGUUCUUGAACGGAAAGAGAGUUCUAGUGGUCGAUGAUGAUCGUACAACAUCUUUACUUGCAACAAGAAAACUGAAGAAGAUGGGAGUGUCUGAGGUAAAACAAUGUAACAGUGGGAAAGAAGCUGUGAGAUUAGUCAGUGAAUGGCUCACGCAAAGAGAGCAACAAGGUGUAACAGAAAUGCUUCCCUUUGACUACAUAUUCAUGGACUGCCAGAUGCCAGAAAUGGAUGGAUAUGAAGCAACAAGAAAGAUUAGGAAAGUGGAGCGAAAAUAUGGUGUACAUAUACCGAUCAUAGCUGUAUCCGGUCAUGAUCCUGGUUCGAGGGAAGCAAGAGAAACCAUACAAGCUGGAAUGGACGCCUUCUUGGAGAAAAACCUGAAUCAGGACCAACUUGCGAAGGCAAUUAGAGAAAUCAUAGGCAAGGUUCAGAAACCGUAA